AUGGAGGCCUUAGGCUUCACCAGGACCACCCCAAGGGGAUUUUCUGAAAGAAAUGUUCAGCGGUGGUGCGCAGAACAGGGGCUAGCAGCGAGGGACUUUUGCCCGGACAGCCGCCUCGCGUAUGAGGUUGCAAGAGGCAUUGAAGAGAACGGACCAUCCUUUGGAAGGAAGCUGAUGACCGGCUACCUCUCAACAAAGGGGGUCAAGGCUUCGGAGGGCAGAGUGGGAAGAGCGUUGCGGGACACCCAUCAGCCUUACCAUGCCGCAAGACAAACAGUAAGAACCUUAACCCCGCCAUACCACGCAGAAUAUAUGGGACACAAGAUGCACAUGGACCAAAAUGAAAAGUUGGUCAUGUUUGGUGUGACCCAUGUCAUGGCAAUUGACGGAUACAGCAAGAAGGUGGUGGGACACUGCACCAUGCCUGUGAAAAACAACCUACGCAUCUACGAGGAGGUGUACAGACCUGCUGUAAUUUCUUAUGGCAUGUGGGACCAAGUCCGAGUGGAUUGUGGACAGGAGUUUUACCUGACCCUGUGCAUUCAGGAGAAGCUGGCUGCCUACCGAUACAAUCAGGACAGGCAGCCAUAUCUGCAAACUCCCUCUACAAGAAAUCAUGUCAUCAAGCGCAUGUGGGUGGAGAUUAAUGAGAGGGUCAAUUAUCCCCUCAAGAGAGCCCUCAUCCAGAUGACAGACAAUGAGGAGCUUGACAUGGAGGACAACCUCACAAGGUAUUGUGUCUCCAGCCUUACCUGUCAGAUGGCCAGAAUUGGCAUGGAGAAUGUAGUCAAUACAUGGAAUGCCCACAGAAUCCCUGGAAAGGGGAUUCCAAACCAGCUCUGUGGGCAAGGGUACCCAGCUAAUUCACCAGAACUUCUUCCUCUUGGUGAGGUGGCUGCCAACCUCUACGAUGAAAAAUUGGGAGCGUCACUUACGCAGGAGUCGCAUUUCGCUACAGACCCCUUCCCCAACAUUGAAGACCACCAACGGACUGAGCAUGAGUUCUGCUCACAUUUGGCAGACCUGCGGGCUAUUCGCCAGCAAGUGGUGAACGAAAACUUUGCCUCCUUUCAGGGUGCAGUACGAUGUCUGAUAGACAUCACGAGGCGAAGUGUAGUGUAG